AUGAGAUGUAAGACGCUUGUUAGAUUAGUGCUAGCUGCCACUGGCGCAGCUGUCCCGUGCAAGCAGUGGCAUGCACACAUGAAUGGGUACUGGUCGGAAGCUGUUGGCGCCAUCGCGAUCGGGCGCAAACAGUGGACCUCGUCGAGGACUCAAGUUGCUUCUAUGUACAAUGGUGGCAUUCAUGCGGAGAUAGACAACAGGGACUGGCAAAGCGCAUUCGCCAUAAAUAAGAAAAAUACAGCAUGUCGACCGUCAAUGCAGAGCCAUGAACGAUGCAGAAACGUGAAAUUGGACUUUGCCUGUCUUCAGUUUCCAGCGACUUUCGGGGGAAAUGGUCCGGCUCACGCGCGGCAGUAG